AUGGCGUUUCGCAGUACCGCGGAGGAAAUGGAGAGGCUCCAGCUCUCCGAUGAAGACACGGAGGAUCUCUGGGACUCACCUUCAAAACGUGGAACCAAGAAACAGAAUCGGACUCCCCCCGUCGAAGAAAGCACCACCCCCCCGCCCAAGACCUCCCACGACUCGGGGACUCUUUUUGACCGUCAAGAAGCGCGUGAGGCCGCGCUCCAGAACGAGUUGCGGAGUGUCCGCCAUAUCAAUGAAGUCAUUGAGGGCCUUCUGGGCAGCUUGGAUUGCGCCAAGGGUAACAUGGAUACCGUUUCGCGUACCGUCGACUCUGCGUCGACAUUACUCAAUACAUGGACCCGCAUUUUAUCACAAACCGAACAUAAUCAACGACUUAUCCUCAACCCGAACUGGCAAGGCGCCGUCCAAGAUGCAGCCGACAUGGAGAGCGAGGAACUGGUUCGGCAGCAGGCCGCCGAACGACGGGAACGAGAACUCCAGCAGCAAAGGGAAGCCGUGGCCCGCAGAGCGCAGGAAGAAGAAAGGAGACGGGCGCAAGGGUCGACUGCCCGUGGUACGCGUGGCACUACCCGGGGGAGGGUCCCAAGCACCUUGGGACGAACCCCAAGCGUGUCUUACAAAGCUCCCGGCGCAUCAAGAACCACAACGUCGUCGACAACCCGAGGUAGUACGACGACGACACGACGACCUGUCAGUGGUAUUGCCCGGGGUUCUGGGGUUACGCGUGCUCACCGUUCCGCCUCCGUCGCCGACUUACAGCCUCCGCGCCAACUCCGCGUCAAAUGCUGCAUAUUCGCUCUUCGUGCCACUCCCACUACGCGCAAUGAACUUCGCCCCCUACCAGGACGAUCCCCCCCCAACGUCCGCUCGCCUCGCGGAUCGCCCCCGGUCCCCGGUGUCGCAUCGCCGGGCCACUUUGCGCCCCCGGGUCCCAUCGCGACCAGCGGACUCGGAAACACAGGAUUUGGGAACGACGUGGAGAGUGGACGAUGGAAUAUGGGGGCUUUUGAGACGAGCCUGCCUAUCCGGAUGGAUUACGAAGCUAUGCUGGCAUAUUUGCUUCUGCCUCCGGCGGGUGGGGUGUUUCUUUUGCUGGUUGAACAUAAGAGUGAUUACGUGCGGUCGCACAUUCGGUCCACAUCGAUCAUUGCUAACUACGGCCAGAUAAUUCACCUGCUUUUCUCAUGGUCGAGCUUCUUUUCUUGGCUCUUCUUCCUGUGCGAUAUCGCCCUGAUCGGCUUUUUGAGCAUGCGCGCAUACCGUGACGUUGACACGCUCGAGCACUUCGAGGUCCCGAUUUUCGGCCGUCUAGCGAACAACUUUGUCGACGAUGAGUAG